UCAAAGGUUUCCUUCCAAUCGUAAAUGUCAAAAUUCCAAAUCAGUAAAUAGAAAAUUGGUACGAGGUACCGAAUAAAAAUCUUUUAAAUGUGUCUUCUAAAUACGCAACUUUUUAAAUAAUACCUAUCUACAAUAUUGUUUGAAACCAAAUAGUGGUAAUUUUUCGCACCAGAUCCAUAUUUGUAAAAGUGUUCAAUUUUAAAUAUAAAUGUACCAAUCUAUUCGUAUCUUUUUCCAAUAAAAUACUAAAUACCUUCCUCAUUUUCGAAUAUUUACUUCUUCUUAAAAUUAUACAAUUUAUCAUAUAAAAUUGUUGUGUUAAAGUGGUACCUAUAUAGUGUCCUUGUAAGUUUAAAUCCUUGGAAAAUGUCCCUGGGCGUAACCUCGUAUCGGGGUUGAAGGCUGUGCUAAGUGAAAAUGUUAUUUUUCUUAUACUUUUAAAAAGUAGUAAUUAAAAAAAUUAUAAAUAAUGGCAGAAGACGAAGUGCUUUUCGACGAUGUGUAUGAACUUUGCGAAAUCAUUGGCAAGGGUCCAUUUAGUCUUGUUAGACGCUGUGUGCACAGACAAACAGCUCAGCAAUUUGCAGUGAAGAUUGUUGAUGUUGCCCGCUUUACAGCAAGCCCUGGAUUGAGCACUGCAGAUUUAAAGCGAGAGGCAACAAUAUGCCACAUGUUGAAGCACCCACACAUUGUGGAACUCCUAGAAACCUACAGCUCAGAAGGAAUGCUCUACAUGGUCUUUGAAUAUAUGGAUGGAUCUGAUCUGUGUUUCGAGGUGGUCCGAAGAGCAACUGCUGGAUUUGUCUACAGUGAGGCCGUUGCAUGCCAUUACAUGCGUCAGAUCCUUGAAGCGUUACGAUACUGUCAUGAAAAUGACAUAGUCCAUCGUGAUGUAAGGCCGCACUGCGUGCUACUCGCUGGAAGAGACAACUGCGCUCCAGUCAAACUUGGUGGGUUCGGCGUCGCUGCUCAACUGCCCACGCCGACUGCCCAUCGAGCUCCACCAGAACUGGUGAUGGACAAUCGGCCCCUAGUGGGUCCAAUGGGCCAAGCCUAUCUCAAAUCAGACGAGUAUGGUCGCAUUGGUACUCCUCACUACAUGGCGCCAGAGGUGGUGUCAAGCCAGUUGUAUGGCAAACCCGUGGAUGUAUGGGCUGCUGGUAUACUUCUCCAUGUCUUACUGGUCGGAUAUCUGCCCUUCACUGGAACAAGGGAACGGUUGUUUGAAGCUAUAUGCCGUGGGAGGUUGAGAUUUGAUGCACCCCUAUGGGAGGACAUAAGUGACGCAGCCAAAGAUCUUGUUCAACGUAUGUUAACUGUUGACCACACUCAGAGGAUCAAUAUACAGGAAGUUCUUAACCAUCGGUGGAUAAGGGACCGCGACAAGCAAAACCGCAUCCACCUUGCAGCCACAGUUGAAGAGCUGAAGAAAUUCAACAGUCGUCGACGAUUGAGGGCUGCGACUCUCGCUGCUGCAUCAGUGGAAGAUGAAGAGGAGGAAGAACAGCCGUCGAGAAGACAGGUGCUACUGGAAGAGGCCAAUGCAGCAGCGGUCAAUCUGUUAGUUGAAUCCCUGGAUGAUGUGGCUGUCCUGCAGGAUGGCCCGGUGGUCAUGGACCCUGAUCUCUUUCACAGCGUCCUCGAUGAUCUGCAGUUACGCGCUUUGUUAGAGGUCUAUGACCGCAUAGCGUGUACGGUAGUGGUGACGAGCGGUCGAGCGCCCGCAGCCGACGGCCGUGCACGCGCACGCGCCGCGUUGGACGCCGCUUCCCGCCCACGCGCCGCUACCGCUCCCGCCGGCGCUGCACCCGCUACUGCAGCCGCUAUACACGAGUUGCGACGGGUGCUGGCUUCUCCAUAUGUCAAGGCUCUACUACAAGCUCACGAUGUGGUCGCACGCGAAGUGUACGGGGAGGAGUCACUCCGCGCGUCUCCACCGCCUGUCAACGGACGCGCACCACAGGCUACAGAAGAUGAGGAGGACACAGAGCCCGAAUUCGAGAACGUGACCAGAGUACGACUCGUUCAAUUCCAGAAGAACACUGAUGAACCGAUGGGUAUAACACUGAAGUUGGCAGACGAAGGUCGAUGCAUUGUGGCCCGGAUUAUGCAUGGAGGAAUGAUCCAUCGGCAGGCAACUCUGCACGUCGGAGAUGAGAUCAAGGAGAUCAAUGGAACACCCGUCGCUAACCAAUCGGUCGCACAGCUUCAAAGAAUGCUGCGCGAAGCGAGAGGUUCCGUGACAUUCAAGAUAGUUCCCUCAUACCGUUCCGCGCCUCCACCAUGCGAGCUAUUCCGGAUUAAGCCUUCGCCCGUUCUAAUUUUCGUCAGAGCGCAAUUCGACUAUGAUCCAUUGGAAGAUGAAUUGAUACCUUGCGCUCAAGCGGGGAUAGCUUUCACUACAGGAGAUAUUCUACAAAUUAUUAGCAAGGAUGAUUCACACUGGUGGCAAGCUCGAAAGGAUGCCUCGGGUGGUUCGGCUGGACUCAUACCAAGUCCUGAACUUCAAGAAUGGAGAGCUGCUUGCGCCGCUGCAGAGAAAUCUAAUACUGACCAAGUUGGAGCUGACGGAUGCGUCUCUCACACCGACGGAUGUGAGAAUACAGUGAACUGUUCAAUAUUUGGUCGGAAGAAGAAACAAGCUAAAGACAAAUACUUAGCAAAACACAAUGCUGUCUUCGACCAACUCGAUGUGGUGACAUAUGAAGAAGUCGUUAAAUUACCAACGUUCCAACGCAAAACUAUAGUACUCCUUGGCGCGCACGGAGUGGGACGCCGUCACAUAAAGAACACGCUUAUUUCUCGUCACCCGGACUUGUACGCCUACCCAAUACCACAUACAACACGCCCCCCGAGAGCCGACGAAGAGAACGGAAGACAUUAUUACUUCGUGUCCCACGACGAAAUGAUGGCGGACAUCGCGGCUAAUGAAUAUUUAGAAUACGGCACACACGAAGACGCAAUGUACGGCACGAAACUGGAAACAAUACGUCGAAUCCACUCUGAGCGACGUAUAGCUAUUUUGGACGUUGAGCCUCAAGCGCUUAAGAUCUUACGCACCGCGGAGUUCGCUCCUUACGUCGUGUUCAUUGCUGCACCGCCUCUCAAUAACGUUGCGGAUUACGACGGCUCGCUAGAAGUACUAGUACGCGAGUCCGAGCAGUUACGUCGGACGUACGGGCACUAUUUCGACCUGUCCAUAGUGAAUAAUGACAUUGACGACACUUUGGCCCAGCUGGAAGCCGCGUUGGGUCGUUUGCGAUCCACUCCCCAAUGGGUCCCCGUCUGCUGGGUGUAUUGACCAACCGACUGCUAUUUGUGAAUGGACGAAUUCCGAUUUUAAGUUCACCGAUAUGUUGACGGCCCAUCACCGAAUGGACCGUCGAAAUGACAGUGAACUUGCGCUUGCGACGUAUAACGGAACGUGUUUUUGACGUUUGUGUUGGAUUUUUUAUCUUCAGAUAGUUUAGAUUUUUUAAUUUAUUUUUAUAGGUUCUUUGUGAUAAUCAUUUAUUUAUUUGUAUGUUUAUUGCGUUUUAAAACGUUCCGUUAUAAUGUGGAUUGAUUAAAUGUUGAAGAGACAGUUAAAAAAAGGUUGUUUAAAGUAAUGGAUACUUGAAUAUUUCAAAGUGUUAAAUCAUAUGAAUUUUUUUCGAUACUUUCACAUUUAUAACAUAAAUAUCUUGAGCAAAGUUAGAUUGCUUGUUAAAAAG